AGUCACUUCUUUGAACUGUAACCAAAAUGUCGGUGGAAGACUCCUGGGUUUUUGAUUCACUGGUGUGCUUUUUGCACGGACCCAUCUGGAAUGCUCCGCUCCAGACUUUUAUCGAGCAAAAGUCCUUAGUCUUCGAUCCCAAUCUGCCGAUGGAUGAGAACAAUCCAGACAUACUUCAGAUCCACGAGGAAUACAAGAAUCUGGUGGAUUAUAUGCUGGGCAGCUUUAUGGAGGAGAUGCAGAUAUCGCCGGAGCAGUUCGAAAUGGCCUGUCUCGAGGGUCGUCAGCAGGGGCAGGGCGAGAAUCCCUUCCAGUUCCACCAAGUGCUGUUCCAGCAGAUAUGGGCCGCCAACGACAUCAAGAUAUUCAUACGCAUGAUGACGCAACGUAACGUGGAACUUCAGCUACAGGCCCUGGAUCUCAUCGAGAAAAAUCAAUUAGCCCAAAGUACCGCCGACGAGGGGGAUGACCGCAGUGCGGACGCGAGCUCGGAUCCAGGUGAUACCGCCUCCGAGGUGGAACAACUCAUAGCCAAGACGGUGGCCGACGAAUUGGAGAGUCCGGAAGCGGCUCUUACUCCAGAGCAGGAGCCCAAUAUGGAACUGGUUAAUGACAAGUUUCAGCGGCUGAAUCUGUUCUUCGAGCAGGAGGAUCAUGUGGACCCCAGCGACGUGGUCUCGCGACAGGAGUAUCUGCGCCAGCAACGCGACAAGAUCGUGGAGAUUAAGAAGCAGACGCGGGCCAAGCAACUGCAGGAGACCAUGUCUCGCGGUACUCCGCAUGCACCGGAGGGAGCUCGACCCAGCUCCGCAUUAGUGGCCCAACAGCUGCUAGAGAAUGGCGGCCAGACCAAGGAGCUCUCGAUGCCAGCUCCCCUAGAGGCCGAGGAGAACGCUGCCCUCCAACUCAGACGCAACCUGGCCAAGCGCUUGCGGAGCGAAGUGGUGGAACAGAAGUGAAAGGCAGGACACACUACUAUUCUCUACUAUUCCCA